UGCACACUUUUGCAACUGUCAUAAGCGACGUAAACAUUGAGUUAGAUUUCACAUGAUAACACGACCGCCUGGCCUCUUCCUCUAACGGAACGUCGUGAUUUUUUACGAAAACUACUGGCUACGAAUUUCGUUGAUCGAUUCACGAGUGUCAUUCGUGAGAGUCGAAGAUGGAACGAAAUUUGGUGAAAACUCUGGAUGAUACAUACGAUAAGGAAAAUAUUAUUGGUUGCAUCUUGGCUGAUCACGCUGGUCUUUGUUUAGGAGUUAAAGGCGAUGCAUCAAGUGACAGUGCUGGACUGAUAGUGGCUAUAGCGGAUUUAGUUGCAAAAUUGGAACCUAAAUCUGGAUCACCAAUCAUAUCACUUCAAAAUGAAAACAGACAGUGUACUAUACUUCGUAAGGAAACUGUAGUUGGUGCUAUAUACAAAGAUAUAUCAACUUGAAAUAAUCAUAUAUAUAUUCUGGAUAAAUA